AUGUCAGGAGCUCCGAGAGUAAGGUCUAUCAAUGUGGCUGAUUCAGAGUCAAGGCCAGUGCUUGGACCUGCUGGGAACAAGGCAGGGACGUUCAGCGCUCGAAAACCAGUUUCAAAACCACUGAGAAAGGCUGAGAAAUUGGCUGAGAAGGUUGCCUCAGCUGAAGAGAAGAAAACUCGUCAAUCUUCAAUGCUAACUACCUCUCCUCAGCUGCAUUCUCCCAGUGUUCCGUCAGUGCUUCGUCGGCACGAGCAGUUAUUGCACUCAAAUUUUUCACUAAAUGCUUCAUGUUCAUCGGAUGCCUCUACGGAUUCGUUUCAUAGUAGAGCAUCUACUGGUAGGCUGACUAGGUCGAAUAGUGCAGGCAGUAGGAGGAAGCAGUAUGUUUCGAAGCCAAGAAGUGUUGUUUCUGAUGGUGGAUUGGACUCUCCUCCUGAUGGUUCGCAGUCAAAGAAGAGGUGUGCUUGGGUGACGCCUAAUACUGAUCCAUGUUAUGCUGCUUUUCAUGAUGAAGAAUGGGGGCUUCCAGUACACGAUGACAAGAAACUGUUUGAGCUUCUUGUCUUAUCUGGUGCUUUGGCUGAACUUUCAUGGCCUGCCAUUCUAAGCAAAAAGCACAUCUUUAGGGAAGUGUUUGCAGACUUUGAUCCCGUUGCCAUCUCAAAGUUGAAUGAGAAGAAGCUAAUAGCACCCGGAAGCACUGCAAGUUCCCUAUUGUCUGAACUAAAGUUGCGUGCUAUCAUUGAGAAUGCACGUCAAAUGACCAAGGUCAUAGAAGAGUUUGGAUCAUUUGACAAGUAUAUUUGGAGCUUUGUGAAUAACAAGCCUAUAGUUAGCAGAUUCCGGUAUCCUCGGCAGGUUCCGGCAAAAACUCCAAAAGCAGAUGUGAUAAGCAAAGACCUCGUGAGAAGGGGAUUUCGAAGUGUGGGGCCAACUGUUAUUUAUUCUUUCAUGCAGGUCGCUGGAAUUACAAAUGACCAUCUCGUUAGUUGCUUCAGAUUUCAGGAGUGCCUAAACGCAGCGGAAGGGAAGGAAGAGUAUGGAAUCAAGGAUGAGGCUGAAAAGAAAACAGAAAAUGGGAUAGAAUCGGACUUAUCUGUUGCCAUGGAUGAAUUGAGUUUCUCCUCAGACUUAUAA